AGGAACACAGAUCUACAGAAAUCAACAAAAAUUGAACUGACCUACACUACAAAUUUUUCCUAAAUAUAAAAGAUUGCUGAAGUGUGGAUUUAUGCUUUAAUCAUCCUUUAAAUAUCGAAGAUGGAAGACAAUGAAAAGACCUGGAGCAGCAGAGAAACAGGAGGAAGACAUUUUAAAUCGGUAACAAAGAGUUUUGAAAAAAAAUAAGCUUAGUCUCUUUCAAGAGUAUAUCUUGGACCUAUUACUAAGUUUCUAUUGAACAGAAGAGGAAAAUUCCACCCGAGAGUGUUCAUCAGAUUUUUAACUGGGAGGAAACUACAAGGAUACAACUGCAUUUAAGAUCUAGUUAUAGAUAGCCCUUUCUGCAGAUUGUGAAAUUAGCUUUGAUUGUUCUGCAAGACAACAGAAGACACAUUGAGAACUCAGUCUGUGGAGGCUGGAACACAAGUCACAUGGGUGAUAAUAUAUUCUCUCUGGAUCAUAUUUAAAGACAAUAAAAAAAAAAGGAAAGGGUGGAAGGGUGGCUCGGUGAAUAGGAUUAGAGACUGAGAAAGGAGACUGCUCGUAUUGCAGGAUUUUCUUAAAAUGGGUCAGCAUCUCAGCGAGGAGACAAAUAAAGUGGAAAUUGAUGUAGCAGAGCUCCAGGAGUGGUAUAAGAAGUUUGUGGUAGAAUGUCCCAGCGGAACUCUUUUUAUGCAUGAAUUUAAACGUUUUUUUGGCGUGCAAGACAACCAAGAGGCAGCAGACUAUGUGGAACAUAUGUUUAGAGCCUUUGAUAAAAAUGGGGACAAUACUAUAGAUUUUCUGGAAUAUGUGGCAGCUCUAAAUCUAGUUUUACGAGGAAAACUUGAACAUAAAUUGAAGUGGACUUUCAAAGUUUAUGACAGAGAUGGAAAUGGCUGCAUAGACAAAACAGAGCUUCUAGAGAUAGUUGAGUCCAUCUACAACCUUAAGAAAGUCUGCCGCCAAGGUCAAGAUGAUCGAAUUCCCCUGCUGUCCCCAGAAGAAGUGGUAGACCGGAUAUUCCAGUUGGUGGAUGAGAAUGGAGAUGGCCAGCUAUCGCUGGAUGAGUUUAUAGACGGGGCUCGCAAAGACAAGUGGGUGAUGAAAAUGCUCCAAAUGGAUGUCAGUCCUGGUAGCUGGAUCAAUGAGCAAAGAAGGAAGAGUGCUUUGUUUUAAAGCUGAAUGGCUCGAACGCUUCCAAGAGACCUGAGGAAAUCCAUUGAGAAUGGAACUUCUCAGCAAGGGAUUGGGCAAUUAAGGUUUUGAAAGCAGGCAUUCACUGUGACUGAGACCAAUAUAGUGGAUUCUCAAUCAGAAAUUGUAACAUAUUCAAGUUUAUUUUCUGAUUCACAACUGCUGCUAGGAGUACAGUAUGCACGUUCCCAUGUUUUUUCACAGUACCGUGCAAUAUGACAACACUUAAUGGGAUACAUCAUUCUAUGUGUAGGCAAAUCUAGAUGUGGGCUGCUGAAUUACCUUUGUAACACCAUCUUAAACAAUCCAUUUUUUGGCACUACAGCCAAGGUUGGGACUCAGCCUCCCUGAAAAGUGUCUGUUAUUCCUUUUUGUUGCCAGCAACAACUUUCCAAUUUGUACAUUCAAUGUGUGAAUAUCCGAACAGUACUAAUGAUUUUGCAUAUGGUGACUUUGCAUGUCACAUGUAAGUGAAUUUGACUUAUAUUUGGUUUUAUAACUGACAAAACUGAAGACAGUGAUUUGAAAGUUGUUUUUCAAACUAUGCAGCUGAGUGGGUUAUUUAAGGAUAGGAUGGAAAGUUAAAAGAGACACGACUAAAGUGACCACCCAACAAUGUAAACAUUUUGUGUGCAUUCUAGUGGGUCCAGUCACCAACUAGUAACUGACAACACCGGAAAAACUAGCAUGUAGCUAUCCUCAGGGAGAGGCAGGUGUCACCCCUACCCUCUUCUGUAAUUGAAACUUUUGAGCUGAGGAUUGGUGCCACCCUGAGCAUGUUUUAUAGUCAACUUAUACUUACGGAAAAUACAGGAUGGGAAUUGUCUGCAGGACAAUAUACAUCACAGCUAUGUUAUGGGGAUUUUUCGUGGUUGAUCUCAUUUUAAGGGUCAUCCGAAAUGUUACACUUGAUACCUAAUAUACAUGUAUGUACAAAAUAUUGUUACCUUUUAGAGCUUUGCAGAUGUGUUCAAUGUAGAAUAUUCCUCUUGUUUAAGGGAUGUGUUACCUGCAUACAGUGGUGGGAAAAUUUAAUAAACUGACCCAAGAAUCAGCCAUUUAAUUCA